AUGCCGGUGGCUUAUCGAAGAUUUGAUUUGGACGACAAGGGACACGUCAAGGUUGAAGACCUUACAAAUGGCACGCAAUUAGCGACUCUCAUAUCUAGACUCGAACCUCUCCGCGACGUCGAUUGGAGAUCAACUCGACUGAAAUACACCCGUCUCACUUCCAACCAACAGGCAAUUGCUGCCCAUGUGGAUGAAAGUCAGGGAACCGAAGCCAGGAAUCCCCAGACACAGGCCGACGGUGGUGCUUUUACUAAAGAGAUAAAACAGUUUGAUUCGAAUGGCAUCCCCUUUGAGUACCUGCGAGCAAAGAAGCGCAAGAGAACUAUCGAGUAUGAUAGCACUUACUAUCAGUCACCGCUCGACCAGUCCGACCUCAAAGCGGAAGGAAAGUAUUCAGAGAAGCGCCAUGCACUUGAGUCGAUCCAUACGGUUUACGACCGCGUGGUGCAAGACAUCGAUCGGCUUUUCCAGACACUAUCCCAGGCGAAUGAGCUAGAGUCUGAUGAAGACACGGAAGGACAACAAGAGGAUCUCGUCGUUGUUGAGCCUGAUAUGGCUGCAGAAGACGCACAGAAAGAUCCAGGAGAGACUCCUGUCAAAGAAGAGGAAAGCGAAAAGAAGGAUGUGAAGAUUGUCGAGUCUGCUGUGAAAAAGGAGGAAGAGGAAGAGGAAGUGAAACCGACUAUCCCUCACAAGCCUCGUGCAGCUAGGGGCAAAGGAAAAAAGGUACUCGCCAUUGAGGAGAAGUGA